GCACUUUUGAAAAUCUAGCUCAACUUUCCCAGUGAAUUUAUGGUUCUAAAUUGCGCAUAAAACAAUAUAGCAACAAGUCUUUUCUUUUUCCUUCGUCUCUCUUUCACAAGUUCAAGAAUUUCUUACCUGCAAUGGCCAAAACCCUCCCAUUUCUCUAUUUUCUCUUCACCAUUGCCUUAUUUUCACUUGCCACAGCAAAAUCAAGCCGUUUGUCAAGAAUUUUAUCUCCGGCAACGCUUGGCCUCAAAAAAGAGAAGCUAAGCCACCUCCAUUUCUACUUCCACGACAUAGUUAGUGGUCGAAACCCGUCGGCAGUCAAAAUUGUCGAACCACAAUCGAACACCUCCGACACAAUGUUUGGCUUGGUGGCGAUGAUCGAUGAUCCAUUAACUGUUUCGCCGAAUCUGAGCUCGAAGCUCGUAGGUAGAGCGCAAGGCAUGUACGCAUCUGCGUCGCAAAGUGAAGAUGGUUUACUAAUGGUUUUGAAUUUCGCUUUUAUGGACGGAAAAUUCAAUGGAAGUGCACUUAGCGUUUUGGGUCGGAACUUGGCGCUUGCUCCCGUUAGAGAAAUGCCGAUCGUCGGUGGCAGUGGUGUUUUCCGAUUUGCCCGUGGUUAUGCUCAGGCAAGAACUCAUACAUAUAACCCAAAAACUGGAGACGCUGUCGUGGAGUAUAAUAUCUAUGUUUUCCAUUAUUAAUUGACAUAAUUAAUGUAUUUCCUUGCUUUCUUUUUUUUUCUUCCCCAAGAUAGAAUAGUAUUUAAUCAUAUUUUUCAAUAAUAAAAUUUUUAUGCCAAUCUACAAGA